UUGGGUGGACACUACAUUGCUCAAAUGGACCUCCAUCGGACUGCCUUUAAGAUAGAAAACUCCUCCUACAUGCCCAAUCCGCUGACGUCCCCUGCUCUCAUGGUCCUGGCCUCAACAGCUGAGGCUGGACGCAAUGCCUCUGUACCUUGUCAGCCUCCCAGGCCCUUUGGAGUUCCAGUCACUCUGGAAAAAGACAUGCACCUCCCGUUCCCCAGUGGUUCCUACACUUUCGCCUCCAUGUACCACCGCCAAGGAGGUUUCCCUUCUCGAGACUUUCCCACCCCUCUUCUCCACCUUCACCCACAGUUUGCUCCACCCAAUCUUGACUGUUCUCCACUCGGUAUGCUCAACCAUGGAAGGGUGGGGGCCUUUCGGCCGUUCUCCUCUCCACACGAGGAGCGUGACGGUGGGGGAUACCAGUCUGCCUUCCUCCCUGCCAAUUGCUUUAAGGGCUGUCUGGAACCAGAGGCAGCACCCCACCUCCGCUACACUGAUGUGGAGGGGAAAGAAUUUGACUUUGGGGGCACUCAUGGUUCUCCAAGUGCCCUGAAGGUAACUGAGGAUGUUGGGAAGAAGCUCUUUGGCUUGUCUGGGCUGUUGGCAGAUGUGCAGGCUUCAUCUGGCCCAGAGGAGCACAGAGAACCAUGUAAAGUGAAGGGACUGUAUGACACUCAGACGCCGGUGUGUCCAAUCUGUCAGACUGUGCUGCGGCCAGGAGAUCUGCAGGAACACAUGGAACAGGAAAUGGAGCGACUUAUACAGAUGCACCACAGUCAGGGUCCAGCUCAAAAGGAGUGUCUCGCUUCUGGGCCGCCUAAGUCUCUGUUCUCCAUGCACAUAAAGAGAGAGGGUUUUUCCUCCGCUUCUUCUCCACGUCCCGCUGAUGAGGCUGUACACUCCGACAGGUACCAGACAUUUUUGCGAGUGCGAGCAAACAGACAAACAAGACUCAAUGUUAAGGAGCUCUGCUGGUGCAGGUGCUACGCCAAACAGAAAGUGAAAUCUAUUCAUGACUAUGGAUUCCCACAUGUAUCUUCAUGUCCAUUGGCUGCACGCAUUGGGAAACUGAAAAGACGGAAAGUUGAGGAGGAUCAGAGAGACGGCAUGUGUGUUGCUGAAGAUGGCUCUGUGCUGUCAGCCGGCAGUGAGUUUGAAUGGGCUGAACAGAAAAGACUACAGAUGGUUUCGGUUCUCAGAGGUUUCAGAGGUUUGGUGAGCAAUGCAUUGAAAGAGCACCAUGACAGUGAUGCAGAUCUGGAUGUGGAUGGUGAUGAUACGUUGGAUUAUGGAAAAGCCCAAUAUACAGAGGCGGAUGUGAUUCCCUGUUCAGACAAUAAACCCAGAGAUGCAGAGGAGAGGCAAGCACUUAGAGCUGUUUUAAAUGGGGACACAACCAACAGGUUAUCUCCAGGGCAAACCAAGUUGGCAAACUCAGAAGCUCCAACUACAAGUAAUGGAGAGUUUGACAACAACAAAAGCACAACAUCUCCAAGAACCUGCACAAAUAGCGAGUUAGAGAUUGUAUCGAAUAACCCCUCCCUCAGCAUGCUGGAGUCCCUAAAAACACGAAUCAGAGAUCUGGAGAAGCAGCUCACGCGAGGGGACAGAUACAAGUGUCUCAUCUGCAUGGAUUCCUACACAGUACCACUCACCUCCAUCCAGUGCUGGCAUGUCCACUGUGAGGAAUGCUGGCUUCGCACUCUGGGAGCAAAGAAACUGUGUCCACAGUGCAACACUAUCACCUCACCUGGGGACCUGAGACGAGUGUAUUUGUGA